AUGAUUCACUUGCCACACAGUGAUCAUGAUCGAAGGAGGCGUCCCGGUGAUGAAGGGAGCGAUUGGUGUUAUAAGAGACGGCGAGCUGUCCCUGAAAGGACAGAAUUGGAAAUGCAUUUAGAACUACUCAUCAGCGGAAUUGCUGAGAAGAGUAACUCAUCUAUGGAAUCCAAUUUGGAGAGAUUAGCACAAUCACUAGGAACUUAUCUCAUCACUGAUGCAGAUCGCAUUAUUGAUAUUAUCAUAGAAUGCGUAUGUUACUUGCGAGAAGAAAUUACUGCAUAUUCAACUCUUGCGGGCUUGUUAAACUCAAAAAAACAGAAAUUUGGUUUUGAGCUUUUGAGGCAAUCAUUGGAAGUUUUGCGAGAGAAGCUUGUAUCUGCUGAUUUCAAUCAUGCCUUGCAUAUUGUCACAUUUCUAGCUGACUUGGUCAAUUGUCACGUUGUUUCGUCUAAUUCUUUAGUCGAGUUUUAUGAAGGCUUUAUGGAAGCAGCAUGUGAAGAAGGCAUCCCGCAAGUUCGAAGUGAUUGGUUUGUUUAUGCGGUAUUGCAUAGUCUUCCCUGGUCAGGACCUGAACUAAAUGAUAGAGAGAAGGAACCGCUUGAUAAUCUCUUAGAAGGCAUUGAGAAAUACAUGCUUGAAAGGAGCACAUCUCAUGCUAAGUUGCUUCAAGUUUGGUCAGCAAUGGAACAUGAACAGGACGAAUAUUUGUGUAGUCUUUGGACUCAGAUUUCCAAGCUACGGGAUAAUGGUUGGAUAGAGCGACAUAUUUCACGAUAUUAUGUUGGAUUUGAUGGUUCUCUGGCCAGUGCGGUUGCACAUAAUUUACCUUUAUUUAUUCCAUCUCCGCAUACGUCAGUGGUAGUGUAUCCGCUGCCUACUGUUGUGUUUCGCUUUUUCGAUUACGCCGAUUGUCCUGAUGAAGGACCAGUGCUUCCUGGAGCUCAUUCAAUUGAACGUUUUUUGGUUGAGAAGGAAUUGUGUUCGAUAAUCGAGAAUAACUGUUAUAGUAGAAAAGAAUGUGCAGCAAAGCUUGUCAAUUAUCGGAAAAAAGCAGUGAUACCAAUAAACUACAUGAUCUUGGAAGUAAUCUUUUCGCAACUCUUCCGCCUACCACAUCCGCCAUUGCGACCUCUAUUUUAUGGAAGUUUAAUGAUUGAAUUGUGUAAGACAAAGGAUAUGCCUCAGGUAAUCGCUCAAGCAGCAGAGCUGUUCUACCAACGAAUAGAUACAAUGCAACUUGAGUGUAUUGACAGAUUGAUUGAUUGGUUCAGUUACCAUAUGUCCAAUUUUGAAUAUCGUUGGUCUUGGGUCGACUGGAACGAUUGUCUCGAUUUGAAUGACUAUGCGCCAAGGCGAUAUUUUGUGAAGGAAGUUAUCGAAAAAUGCAUGAGAUUUUCAUAUCAUGAAAGAAUCUGUGAUUGCUUGCCAAGUUCAUUUGAAGAAAUAACACCGGAAAAGCCUUUUAUAUCGUUUUUAGUUAACCAAGAAGAAAAAGAAUUGGUUGCUGAAAUUGAAAGAGCAUUUCGUAACAAAGCUGAGCCAAAGGAGAUAACUGAAAUGUUACGCGAAUUUGACAAGGAAGGCAACAGUUUAGCAACUCUUUCUACUUUCUUUUCAGUUAUGCUUAAUGCAGCGCAGAAGUCAUUUAGUCACAAUUUCGUAGCUUUGACAAGGUACCACGAAACAUUGAAAGAACUGAGUGGUGUUGAUGAUGAGUCCUCUACGGCACUUUUGCGGACACUUUACGAUGUCUGGAAGCAUAAUCGACAGAUGAUGGUUGUGUUGAUUACCAAAAUGUUUCGAAUGACAUUAUUAAAUGCGAAUGCUGUAGUGUCCUGGUUGUUGAGUAGUUAUGUCGACCAGGAAUUACAUCGCUUCUGGCUUUGGGAAGCAUUGUUUAUAAUUGUAAAGCAUGUAUGCGGUCAUAUGUAUCGAUGUAAGACCAAACUUCAACAAAUGCAAGAGAAGCGUAUCAAAAUGGAACGAAGUAGUGGAAAUAUAUGUCAGGUUUUCUGUUCUAAUAAAGACGAUGGUUUGGGGAUGAUUCUUGAUGAUGAUAUUGAAAUGAAAAAGAAAGAAUUAAAGGAAUUACAGGAUAUGUUGAAAAACCUGUUUCUAAAUAUUUUGCAUAAAUUGGUACUGUUCCUCUCGGAACAUCUUAUAAAAUCUGAAAUGACUGAAAAAAACCACGACACUUAUUGGUAUCGGUAUAUGAUGGGACGAUUUAAAGAGAUGUUAUUGAGGUACUGGUGCGAAUUGUUCGAGAUGAAACAGCACAUUGAUAACGAAUUGUUUGUAAAAGCAGGAAUCGAUCCAAGAAUUGUGGAAGUUUACCGUCAGUUCACUGCUUUAAGGGCAUGA